UUCCAACACCUGGUAUUUUUAUGCUCUGUUCACAGAAAGCUUUUUCAAUGUUUGCGGGUUGAGCUUGAGCUUCAUAUACUUUCAGAACCUCUACAAGUCAGCACUUUGAUUUUCAAGGGCAGCAACAAUGAGAUCCCUUCUAUUGUUGGGCACGAUUUUGGCAGCAACGUCAGCUUUGUCCCACAACUCGAUUGAUCACAAAAUAGCGUCUGCGGUAACCACGAUCAUGCACGAAUGGUCUCACCCAAGAACGGAAACGAUCGUUGCAUGUUUCAUCAACUUUUACCCGGACCUAAGAGAAUUUGAAGACGUUUUGCAAAGUGUGCUGAGCGAAGCUCACCGUGUUGGAUACCAAACUGUCCAUUCGACGGAUCCCUUCAAGUCCAGUGUACGAGCGAGUGACCAACGGUGCUCGAUAACGAUUCUUGCAGUUAGCUAUCAGGAACGAAUGCUACGCAACAUCGACAUUGAAAGACAACUUCAGCGAUGGAAUCGUUUUGGACUUUUCAUCGUGAUUCAUACCUUUGAUUUGCAAGAUCAACAUAUGUUAGGCCUAUCGAAGCAGUACGGAUUGGGAACAGCGUUUUAUGUUCAAUGUUGUAGGUAUUUCAAACUUAAAUUUCCACUUAUAUAUUACGAAAGGGUGGAUAUUGUGGAUCUUGGUGCAGUAGGGUAUUGGGUUAACUUUGACCAGCAAAGGAAUGUGAAUGGAAUAGGUUAUUUUGUGAUAAUGUCGUACAACAUUCCCUAUUUGUACAGAACAGGACCAUCCAAAAUAUCUGGAAUUGAUUUUCGUUUCCUUACUGAUAUGACUCGUCAUCAAAAUGCAAGUUUUGUAGUGCAUAACGCUGGGAGUAAUGUAGUGCAUGAGAAAAGUUUUGCGUCCAUGUUGGAAAAUGAGACUAAACAAAACAAGAUCAUUGUCAAUCUGCAGCGUUCCGUUUGGAUUACUUUAGGAAAUUUGGUGUAUUUAAAUGAGCACGACACUCAGUGCAUCUUGAUGACCAAGCAACGAAUUAGAAACUACUUUAUGCAUUUGUUGAGACCAUACAACACUGCAGUGUGGAUUGUUCUCUUUUGCCUGGGUGUACUGUUGAUCGUGGCCAGUAAGGUGAUGCCAACCGUCUUCACCCACAACUACAUUCUAGCGGUGUUUUUUGGACAAGCCAUUGAAGAACAUCGCCUGCGAACGUUGGACAGAUUCAUCAUCUUCAUAGUUGGUCUGGUUGUGUUUUUGCUGAGCGAAGCUUACCUAGCCGUAAUGAUAGAGUACAUGUUUAACAUGAGGUACGAAGCAGAACUGUCGAGUUUUGAACAAUUUGCCACCAAGAACAUCCCACUUUAUGUUUCACUGGAUCAUUACAUGAUCUUGAAGAAGACCGCACACAAAACCAAGCUACAGAUUUUGUUAUUUGAUCAGAGUGUUCCCCACGAAGCUGACGAAGAAUCCGUCAAAACCAUGUACGACCCAUCCCGAGCCCACCUGGUUCCGUGCAGUCACGCUAGGUGGACCGUUAGCAGACCGUACAUGAGAAGCCAAACCGACUAUCAGUACUACGUCAUCAAGGAGAGCAUCUACUUCCGGCAGCAAACGUUCAGUGUGGCUCGGAACAGUCUGAAUCGGGAGAAAAUGACCGAUUACACAACACGAUAUACCGAGGGAGGAUUCUGGGCCCAUUGGGAGACCCUGGAAACGGAGUAUCUGAACCGGCAUGAGGAACUGGAAUCGUCCGGAUUGCUCACGUUCAAGUCGUUGAUUUCCCUGUUUUGGAUACUGAUCUAUGGAAAUGGGUUGGCAAUGGUUGGCUUUUUGAUGGAAAUUUCUUACAAGGUCAUUGCACCACGUUAA